AUGGAUGUGAACCAGUACACCUGGGUGAAGGAGGGGAAAGACACACGCUUUGGCCGACCAUGCAUUAUCGCCAUAGGAACCGUGGCUCUCAUGCUGAAGACUCAAUUUGGACUUGGUGUUUGUCAAUACCGCAGGUCCUCGACUCAUUGGGCAAUAAUCACGGGAAUUAUAUGUCUGCUUGCUAUCGCAACUAUUACGACAUGGUCCAAUUACGUUAUCGGCAAAUUCAAGCUCAAGCAUCCCGAGGUCUAUGUUAUCGAUGUUGCAGGAGAGCUGAUGUUCGGUCGAGUGGGCCGCGAGCUACUGGGUGUCGGGGUCUUUAUCUACUGGAUUUUCUGCUCUGGUUCCGGAUUGUUGAGUACAUCUAUUGGGCUGAAUGCAGUCUCAGAUCAUGGCACAUGUACUGCUGUAAUUGUUGGAGUCUCCGCAGUUGCAUCAUUUGCUCUGGCAAGUAUUCGCACACUGGCCAAGAUUAAAUGGGCUGCGUGGGCUGGAGUGGGGUCUGUGUUCACUGCUGUUAUGAUUGUCACGGUCGCCGUUGGCCUUCAAGAACGACCACCCACAGCACCAAAGACAGCUGAUUGGGAAUCGGACUACAAGCUUGUUAGCUACCCAUCCUUGAACAAAGCAAUAACAGCAGUUGCAUCCAUUGUGUUUGCAUAUGCCGGUGCACCUGGCUUUUUCCCCAUUGCAGCAGAAAUGCGCAAUCCUUCGCUUUAUACGAGGUCUCUACUCAUCUGCCAGUUUGCUACAACAUCAAUGUAUAUUUCGAUUGGCACUGUAGUUUAUUAUUACAGUGGCUCAUACGUCGCAUCACCCGCACUUGGAUCCGCCGGAACUUUGAUCAAGAAGGUGGCAUAUGGAAUCGCCCUCCUCGGCCUUGUUGUCAGCACGGUGAUUGUUCUGCAUUUCUCAAGCAAGUAUAUGUUUGUUCGAAUAUUGCGCGGGUCUGAGCAUCUCACAGCCAACACUUUUAAGCAUUGGGUAACCUGGUUUAGCUGCACCUUUGCCGUGACAGUCUCGUCCUAUCUUAUUGCCAGCGGAAUCCCCAUUUUUUCCAAUCUGGUUUCUCUCAUUGGGGCUUUGCUCGGAACUUUCAUGUCCUUCCAGCCAAUGGGAUGCAUGUGGUUAUAUGAUAACUGGAAACAUGGCAGAGAACAACCCACCGCCAAAUGGAUCCUUCUCUCAUAUUGGAGUAUAUUUGUUAUUAUUUCGGGGUCGUUUUUGAUGGUUGCAGGAACAUACGGAUCUGUGGUGAACAUCAUUUCGUCUAAUAAUGCAGACUCAGGUUCCUCGGCAUGGUCAUGCGCUGACAACUCCAACUUUUAG